GCCCAACGAUGGCCGCCGCCAUAAGCAACAAUUACAAGGGCUCCAAAUUACUGUUUAGUUUUAUUCUUACACGGCGGACAAUGACGUUCAAAUCGUACUGCACGUUAGCUUUGGUUAUUUGUAGUCUAGGCCGGUGUUUUGCCGAAGAUGAUCAUGAAAUGGAGGAGUUUCUGAAGCGGGAGUUUUCUCUAACGAAGCCUUAUCAAGGUGUGGGAUCCUCAGGCUCCUCCCACUGGGAACUGAUGGGGGACUCCAUGGUAACCACAGAGCAGGUGCGCCUUACACCUGACAUGCAGAGCAGGCAGGGGGCAGUAUGGAGCCGCAUUCCAUGCCAUCUGAAAGACUGGGAGAUGCAGGUGCAUUUUAAGAUUCACGGGCAAGGAAAGAAGAACCUGAACGGUGACGGACUGGCCAUCUGGUACACCAAAGAACGCAUGCAGAAAGGCCCUGUAUUUGGAAAUAUGGACAACUUCACUGGUUUGGGUGUGUUUGUGGACACAUAUCCCAAUGAGGAGAAGCACUUAGAGGCACAGAAGAAGAGAUAUACCCCUCGCACACAGAGGAUUUUCCCGUUUGUCCUGGCCAUGGUGGGGAACGGCAGCAUCAGCUACGACCACGAGCGGGAUGGUCGGCCCACUGAGUUAGGCGGCUGCAACGCCAUGGUGCGAAACCUCAAGCACGACACCUUCCUCUUCAUCAGAUACGUCCGACGUAGGCUCACAGUGAUGAUCGAUAUAGAGGGGCAGCACGAGUGGAGGGACUGCCUGGACAUACCCGGCGUGCGGCUGCCCCAAGGCUACUACUUUGGGGCCUCAGCCAUCACAGGAGACCUCUCAGAUAAUCAUGACAUCAUUUCCCUGAAACUCUACCAACUGACUGUGCUGCGGACUCAAAAGGAGGAAGAGGAGGCGGAAGAAGAAAUAACCAUCCCCAGUGUAGAUAACAUAGACUUGCUCCGAGUGGGUCAGAGUGAGGAAGGGAUGAGCGGGGUGGCUAUUUUCUUCACGGUGCUCUUCUCCAUGCUGGGCUGUUUCCUCCUCAUCGUGGUGGGCCUGGUGGUGUACAGCCACUGGAGCGAGAACCGACGCAAGCGCUUCUACUGAGGAGAGGAGGCCAAAAGAGGGAGAGCCCUCCCUCCAUCAUCACCACUAGCGCUGCGGUCUGCCGACCCGGCUGCACUGAGAUUAACCUGAGACACUAGUUGUCGGCCAACGUAACCCAAUAGGUUGUUUUUUGCUACGGACAACACCAUCGUGACAGAGGAGACGCAUCACCAUGCUACAAAAAGCCACACCUGAGCCUCGCCAUCGGCUGUCAUGAGGCGGCAAGGAGAGUUUUGAUUUUAGAGUUUGCUCUUUGCCCCUGCUUGCCUCGCACCAACUAGGCCUUGAGCAUUUUCACCACUGUACUUGUAGCUGUGCAGUGAAUGUACAGUAUGUGAUAUGACCUCAUAGGCGUACGAAGCCAGGCUUUUUUUUUUUUUUUGUAAUUUAUUUAUUGCUGAAAUAGAAUUCUGAAAUGUCUGUUUUGGCUCAUAUGUAAGAGAUUAUGGUUUUCACUAAUGUUGGUAUUGUGAUUCUAGAAAUAUAUAAAAUGUCAUUUUUUUAAUCUAAAUUGUACACUUUUGAAACGUCAGUAGGGGCAUGUUGUUAUUCCCUAACCAUACAGCACCAAGCCCAGUUGGCUCUUAAUCAACUGGACGAUGCAUCUGUGAUUUGCGUUAGAAAAAGCAUCUCAGGGGAACACUGGUGGCCCACCUUGUAGAGCGGGUGCCGUGUAUGAAGGCCAGGUCUGUGUCACAGCGGGCAGGAUUAGAUUCCGGACCGAGUUCUCAGCUGCAUGUCGACCCCCCCUUGUCUCUCUCAGCUAUCACAAUCGGAUAAAGCAGAAAUGACAAAAGAAUCAUCUGUAAAAGAAAAAGCAUCCUAAUGCAAUAAUUCUGACUCUGUAUAUAUGCUGUCAUGUAGUUGCUGUAGUAUGCAUGAAGUACCUCGGGGUUAUUUUGUUUUGAAGAAUCACUUGGAAUUAUCACUGGUUUUGUCUAAAGUAGGCGCACUGUUUUUUUGUUGUGUUUUGCUUUUGGUUUGUGUGGAAGCAUUGGAAAAACUGCCCUCUGUCCCAUUGGUGCAUGUACUGAUAAAGCAAGUUUAGGUGCCCAAGUAAAAUAUUUCAUAAGUUUGAUGUUACUUUUUUAUAUCUCUCAGAAUACGUUCAUCAUGAUUUAUCCCUUUUUUGUUCCUUUGUUUUUUAAAAUUUCAUGUGGUAUGUAAAACUAAAUCAGUUUUUUUUUAGCACAAAUCCAGAUUGGAACAAAAUGAAUUUAUGCAUCAUAAUAUGUGUGAGAAAAUUUAACUUCAGUCAGGUUGAUUUUCCUGAGGCAGAGAACUGAAACAAGCCAUCAUUUUCCCUCCCUAUAUUGCUCAACGUAUUUUUUUUUUCUACGCACCUUAAACCACAACUGGCUGUGUUCCGCUUGUGCUUUCUCGUUAUGUUAAAACACUGCCUCUUGUUUUUGUCUUGAAUGUGUCAGAAGUCUCAGCAGCGGGAUGAAUCCUCUGUCAGCACAAAAACACUGGCUUGACCUCAAGCUGUCUCCUUUCCAAUCUAGGGUUGAGCCUCACAUACAGAUGGUGAAAGACUGGCCAGCUGUUGUUGACUCGAUCCACUUUUCUACUACGCGUUCUGGAAAUGUUCCCAAGCCACUGUCAGCAUCAUAUACAUCUAGAUGGAGAGCUUUGUUUUCCAUUGUGCAAGCGUGGGAGGACUUCUUCCUCCAGACAGUAAAUGUGGUAGCUAUAUUCUACAUGUGCAGCAACCACUUUGACAACCUCCUACCUGAUUUAUAUCCUAUUUAUGUUGUUUGUUACCUCGUCGAGGUGUCGCGUAUUUAUUUGUGCCUCUUGUGUCCAUUCAGUGACUUACAAAUGACGCCCAUUUCCUAUUUGUGUAUGUUCUGAACAAUUUGCAUCAUUAAAGAUCAAAAACCCCUUC